AUGCCUGCUGGAUCUUGUCAAGUCUAUGGCUCCGUAUCUGGUGAGGACAUCAACAGUUACCCCAAAUAUACGGGUUCGCCAUUGCUGCUGUUCCUCGCUGAUCUGUGGCUCUUCCUCCGUAACAUCUUCUACCUACCGUGCAUUUUCUUGCCUCUCACGCCAUGGUCAUGUGGAAGUCUGGAUGAGCUGUAUCCUUCCCUAGCCAAUAUCUUCGAUAUCUGUCUUCAUUGUGUUUUGUUUGUCCUCCAGCUCGUCUUCCUUGCCUCACUCCCAUUAUUCAUUUGGCUUCCAUUCGGUGUCUAUGUUCUGUAUAUUUUGACCGCUCUGGCCCUGAAUACGCUCAUCUGCUACGCUUUGAACCGGGGAAUCCCAGCCGACGGUCUCAGGUCAACGGAAGAUGAUUUCUCAAGGCGGUGGAAUCGCCAUGAGGACGAGUAUUGGAUAUUCCUCAAUGGAAUUUGCGUCGGGUUGGUGUUUAUUGCAUUCUAUUUCGCAAGUACAAGACUGACCGAAUCAGGAGGAACUGGCUGCAGAAUAACGUCGAUCGCAUAUCGCGGACAUUCCACCGUCCAGUUGUUGGUGUCCACAAUAAAACGUAGACUUCCCCGUGCUUGUUGUAUCGAAAUCUCCCGAUAA